ACGCACUCUGGUUGCGGCGCAUGCGCACUCCCCCAGCAGUCACAGUGAUGGCGGAGGGCGCCGGCGCGAAGAGGAAGUGUGAGAGACCGGAGGAGUUGGCCGAGCCCGCGGGGGGCGACGGCGGCUCAUUCCCCUUGGCCGAGCUGUGCGUACGUAGGGUGCUCAGGGAGUCUGCGCGGGACAAGACCAUUUUCCUGCACGGGCAGGUGAAUGGAGCCUCUGGCGAUGCAAAGGAUGCUGUAGUGAUCCUGGAGAAGACUCCCUUCCAGGAGGAAAGCAUCUCCGAUCUGCUGAAGAAACACACGAGGUUGAAGCUCCAGAUGUCCAAUGAUAUCUACAGCACCUACCACCUGUACCCACCUCCGCAGCUGAGUGAGAUAAAAACCACCGUGGUGUACCCAGCCACUGAGAAACACCUUCAGAAAUAUCUGCGCCAAGAGGUGUAUCUCAUCCGCGAGACUGGGGAGGAUUACAGGAACAUUACGCUGCCCUUCAUACAAUCCCAGAGCUUCAGCAUCCAGUGGGUGUAUAAUAUCCUGGAGAAGACGGCUGAGGCUGAUCGAAUAAUCCACGAAAACCCUGAUUCUUCCAGUGGUUUCGUUCUCAUUCCAGAUUUUAAAUGGAAUCAGAAACAGCUAGAUGACCUGUACUUGAUAGCCAUCUGCCACCGUCGGGGGAUAAAGUCACUGCGAGACCUCACCGCUGAGCACCUGCCUUUGCUGAGGAACAUCUUGCACGAAGGGAAGGAAGCCAUAUUAAAGCGCUUUGGCGUGGCUGGCUCUCAGCUGCGGAUUUACCUGCAUUACCAGCCAUCCUACUUCCACCUGCACGUGCAUUUCACCGCUCUGAGCUACGAUGCACCAGGCUGCUCAGUGGAGAGAGCUCACCUCCUGUCGGACGUUAUUGACAAUCUGGAGCUCGACCCCCAGUACUACCAGAAGCGUACGCUGACCUUUGCCCUCAGGGCGGACGAAGCCUUGCUGAAGAAAUUCCAGGAAGCAGGCAAAGUUUGAGAUCUCAAGGACUGGAAGUGCGCUGGUUUUCUACCUUUUUACGUAUGGAUUUUUUUUAUUGUCUUUGACUUUUUUUUUUAAACUCAAUUUUGUAAGACUCGUGAUUGCGUCCCCCUCACCUUAGUAACCAUUCCCUGCAUUUCUAUCAAUAAAAUGUUGAGCAGAGACUGUUCAUUCAUGUGUCCCAUGGAAUCAUGUCCUCUGUGCUCUGUGGAAAGGGGCACCUAACUUUUCUGACAAACUAGAAGCUGGUGGGCCGAUUCACAGGGCAGUGGAUCAAAUAAAGCUCCCAACGCAGCAGAAUUUCAGUCCUUUUCUUCGGAGAUGGUUUAUUUCUGUAAACCAGAUCCUGUUUUCCUGGCCCCUUUCCAGGUCUUUUCCCCUGACCCCAGAGUCACCUGCAGGGCUUUCUCCAACAGAGGUGCACUGUUGAUCUUUAAUCUAAGGACCAUGUAACCCAUAGGCUAUCAAUUGAUCCCUGGUCUCAGACCUAUCACUUAGGACAUAGGCACCGGCUUCCUCCCAGCAGAGGGAAGACGCUGGAGGGAGUGGGGGAAGCUGGCUGCCAAUGAGUGCUAAGCACCCACUAAUUUUUUUCCGACUUUUUGGAGCAUGAGCUUUCA